AUCGUGCAUUCAGUCGAGCAUCGGCCUCUCACCGUGAAACGUUUUAGUUUCUAUAUAACGUUCGCGCGCUUUUUUUUUUUUUUUUUCUCUUUCUCUCCAUUUCUUUUUACACAUUCCGUUGUCAUUGAUUUCGUAACACCUAACGAUAGCGAAAAAAAAAAAAAUUAAUCGAAAAAUUCUUUGGUGACCAUUGAAAAAACGUGGGAAAAAAAAAGUCUAACGUUCUACAAGUGCCAAGAGUGACUAUUGGAUCUCUGCAGAAACACGUGAACAAGUAUUCAAUUGAUACUGGAAGCCAUGGCUUAUCGCUAGGAGAGAAGGAGAUAUCUCUGUGACAUGAGAGAGUGACUUUGAAAAUAAUGAGGAGGAGCGGUGCGAGAAAACAUGGAGGCGCCAAGGGAGAAGGAGCAUUGGUAUUGCUCCUUGUCGCAUUGGCUCCUAUUCUCUGCUCCGCUGGAAUCCUGGACCCUUGGCAAUGGGCACGCAGUGAUCGAAUUGAAGUCAACAUCCCAUGGCUACCCUUUGAAAAUGAAACACGCUGUUAUGGUGAGCUGGGAUGUCUAAACAUCACAAGAAGUUGGUAUCAUCUCAUUCAUCGACCUCUUAAUGUAUUUCCUUUGCCUCGAGAGGUCAUUAACACAAGGUUCAUACUUUACACCAAUGAAAAUCCUACCGAAGGCCAAGUUUUAAUAGCAAGUAAGGAUAAGUCAAUAAAACGAUCGAACUUUGAUGCAGAGAGGAAAACAAAAUUGAUCAUACACGGUUUUAUAGACACGCCACUCAGCAAUUGGGUGAAGGAGAUGAGAAAUGAGCUACUCAAGCAUGGUGAUUACAACGUCAUCAUUGUCGAUUGGGCCGGUGGUAGUCUUCCUCUUUACACUCAAGCCACGGCAAAUACAAGACUCGUUGGUCUCGAAAUUGCAAAUCUCAUCAAACACCUUCAGGUAAACUACGGUCUAGAUAUGAGUAAUGUUCAUAUAAUUGGCCACAGUCUCGGAGCACACACGGCUGGAUAUGCAGGUGAAAAAUUAGAAGGAGCAAUUGGCAGAAUAACUGGUCUCGAUCCAGCAGAACCAUAUUUUCAAGGGAUGCCAAAUCAUUUACGUUUGGAUUACACUGACGCUCAAUUAGUCGACGUUAUUCACACUGAUGGGAAGAGUAUUCUCUUCUUAGGAUUUCCAGGGUACGGGAUGAGCCAACCGUGCGGUCAUUUGGACUUCUAUCCAAAUAAUGGAAAGGAACAACCUGGCUGUACAGAUCUUAGUGAGACAACACCUUCAUUACCAUUGACAUUGAUUCGUGAGGGUCUAGAGGAGGCGUCACGUGUUCUAGUGGCUUGCAAUCAUGUACGAGCGAUAAAACUCUUUAUUGAGAGCAUCAAUUCAAAGUGUCAGUAUGUUGCACACGAGUGUGGUAGUUAUUCGAGUUUUCUUAAGGGUGAAUGCUUUUCUUGUAAGAGCAAAAAUAGUUUGAGUUGCGGUGUUAUGGGAUAUCACGCUGAUACAAGUCCUGCAUUAGUUAAACGUCAGGCAAUGGGUCAGGAUGUCUCGUCCUUAUUGGGAUCUAAAUUCUUCUUCAGUACUGGAAAAGAAGAUCCUUAUUGUAGAAGACAUUAUAGGAUAACUAUAAAUCUAGCUAGGCCACCAACUGCCGAGAGUUGGGUUCAGGGUUUCAUAAAAGUUACUUUUCACGCUGAGAAUGGGAUCAUUCGAAAUAUUGAUCUUACUCCUAGUGGUUACAUGAAAUUGGAACAUGGUACAUCAACUCGAAUGGUGGUGGCCCAUCCUGGAGGAGCAAUUGGUGAAAUAGGCAAAAUUCGACGAGUUGAACUAUCAUGGGCUUAUGACAUGGAUGUCUUACAACCUCGUUCUCUUUGUUUCUUUUGGUGCAAUGAUCAUUUAUACGUUAAUAGCAUCCUCGUCGACAUCAUGGAACUUCCGGGAAGAGGGAAAAGGGAAACGGAUUUCUCCAGCAGAUUGUGUUCUACAAGUAAACGUGACUAUGCGGAAAUAGCGAGUGGGUCAACUGCCUCUUUUGUCGACAAUUGCUGACGAAUUAUGCAUUCGUGGACAAUUUCAAACUGUGCAGUGAUCUCAAACUCUUUAGACUAAUCGCCUUUCAAAAUCGGAAUCACUUAUUAGCCAAAGUACUUUUAAAAAAAAGAAUUCAAAAGAAUUUAAGUUUUAAAUAAAAAAUAUCAAUGUGAUUUAAAAAAUAAUUUUUUUUUGGCUGAUUCAACGAAAUUUAGAACUCAAACGUGUAAAAAAAAAUACGUGUUCACCAGUAUUAGUAAGAUACGAAUUGUAAAUUUUGUAAAUAGGUCUAAUUGUAAAUGUUAGGCUAUAAUAGAUUAUAAUUUCUAAUCUAUUCGUAAGAUAAUUCACCUUAGUAGUCAUUGCCAAAAGUUAAUUCUCAAAAUCAAAAAAAAAUUUGAUAAAAAAAUAUUUUUUAUUUAAUUAAAUGUUUAAAUAUUUUUUUAUUCACAAAAAUGAAAAAUAUUCUUAAAUUAUUAUUUUUUGGAAAUACUACUCUAGGUAAAUUGUCUUUAACAGACAUCAAGUCUGAUUCACGCGGCCAUAUUUGUCAUUAAGAAAAUGCUAAUUAGUCGAAAAAAGUCCAGUGUGAAAAAAACUCUUAAAUCUAAGUUUUUAUAAAAAUACUUUUUUUUUAAUAUUUCCACUUAUUUUUAACCCAGUGCUUAAGAAUUAGCCUUUUGUGAUUUAUAUUUACUAGAUUAGAAUUCUGAAAAAAAAAAUUCAGAAAUAGUCUGUUAAGAAUGAAAAAUCAAAGUUAAGCCUGAUUUUUUAGAAGUAGUUUUCAAUUCUUCUAAGAUUUUGCAAAGGGAAAAAAAUGCUUCUAACUAUUGGAAAAUAUAUAAAUGUAAAAUAGUAAUUUCUAUGUAUUUGUUAAUGAAAAACAUUUGAAUAUAUAAUAAUAUUUAAACACAUUUUAAAAGAAAAAAAAUUGUAGUUAAAAAUAGAUGACAGCGAGAUAAGUAUACUUAAAUUGGAAGAAAUUGAAUACUUCUAAUCUGAUACAUUUUUUUUUAAUACUUUUAUAACUAGCGUUACUGGAACGAGUAUUUUGUCCUCCUUUUUUUUCCAUAUAAAUCAUUCGUAACAGUUGUUAAACUCUUAAGAAUAUAUAUUUCUACAAUUACUCAAAACAGAAAAUGUACUAAUACAAAAUAUGUAAUAGUAAAACUAUUUUUCAUUCUGUAACAUUUUUAAUUAUAAUGCGAAACAUGUGAUUCAGCCCAAUAAAUAAUAGGCUCCGAUUAAA